AUGUCCGAAGAUGGCAGUGGCGCCCUUUCGAGCCAGUUGCUGGAAGCGACCCAGAAAGGCAACGUUGAGGACGGAAGCUUACUGGCUUUGCAAGCUUCGUGCAGUGGACCCAGCAUGACUCAGCAGACCCAUCGGGCGAUGAAAUGCACUGCCGAUUCCAUUGGAGGACGUCUUCCGACUGCCGACCCCAAUGCACAGGACGAGGUUGGGGAGACACCGCUCUUCGAGGCUGCAACUAUGGGAAACUCGGAGAUCGUCUCGGUGCUCUUGCUGAGCUCUGCCAAUCCGAACCACCUCUCAUAUCAUGACAUGGUGGCAAGGCAGAUGGCGGCAGACCGGACGACUCAGAUCCUUCUGGAUCUGUUCUCUGGCGACCGAAAAGUGGAUGGCCAGGAGCAAGGCAUGGCCAUCUCCACACUGUCAGCGCCGUUGCAGUCGCAAGUGUUGGAGCACAUAGCUCGACGGCAUUCUCCUGAGCUGGGUGAAGCACCUGCAGUGAUGUCGCAAGCCAGCAAUCCAGAUGAGAGUGAGCCAGGGCCAAAGGAGCCAGAAGAGCAAGUCUCCCGUGAUGGUGGUGAGCCUGGUGCAUGCCACCUCGACAAGCCGAGAGACCUGGUGACCGGCACGGACGAUCAAGCAUCUGCUCGGAGUGCCUCAGAGCUAGAGACGCAGGGAGAGGCAAUCGCUGAGUCUGAGCGUUCUCCAACAGCAUGCGAAGGAGCUGAAGGAGCUAAGCAGGCCGGCCGCUCGCCCGAAGAGGCGCAGGACAUUGAGGUCUUGGACCGUGCGCAGGAGGCUGUGCCCGAGGCCAUGUCCGAGGCCUCGCCCGAGGCCUCGCCCGAGGCCGUGCCCAAGGAGGCCCGGUCCGAGGCCCGGUCCGAGGCAGAGCCACAAGUGCCCGGACCGCUUUCGUCUCCACACGUCGUUGAACAUUCACCGCUGGUGGCGAUUCGAAGUCAGCCGUGGAUGCAGAGUGCCGUAGUUUCUCACGUACGGCCCGGGCAGCAGGUGGAUUUGGGCGAGUGGGAUGCUACGCAGCAGUGGCGGCGCGUCAUGCGUGUCCGGCCCUGUGGAGGCGGUGAAGAGUCUCAAGAAUCUCAAGAGGGCUCCUUGGGUUGGAUGCCAGUGUGGCACCCGACUUUGGGGUGCUUGGUAAGGCUUAUUGGUGUGGACGCCCAGCCGUUGAAGCGUGAUUUCGAGCGUCUCCCAGGCCUCCCAGGCCCCUCUGUGUCCGAAGUGUGGGAGGAGCUCUACAGCAACGGCUGCUUGAACGUGCCCCCACCGGAAACAACAGAAGGAGGAACCGGAGGAACCGGAGGAACGCUGGCUGCCAAGGCCCUCAUGGAAGUCAUGACCAUGGGCAGAGCCCAAACGCCCGAAGGAGAGAUGGCAUUGGCAUCGCUCGACCCCGCAACCGUUGAGCAUGUCAUGAAGGCCGCUCUGCAGCAUCUGCGCGACAUUGGCCGGCCACUUUAG